GCUUACAUAAGCGCGUCUCCACUUGUGUUUUCCCUCUGCAAGAAGAAGCGCGCUCGUUCAGUCAUUCGUCAGCAAGAUAGAAGAAAGAGCAGCAUGAUCCGGAGCGCAUACCUCAGAACAGGGUUAGGGCGUGGGGUGGCACCCAGUGCCACGACUCAGCUGCCACUGCGCGCCUUUUCGUGCUCAGCACUGCGUCGCGCGCCCUCGCCGAUCCAGCACCCAACGCACCCGCACCCGCUCUUCCUGCACCCGAUCUCGUCCAACAUCUAUGCCGUAUCGCUGCUCUCGGCAGCGCCCAGCUCACCGACAGCUGCCUCAGUCGUGGCGACUUUCCAGUCGCGCUCGGCGGGCACCGAUGCGGACCUGUUCGACGAGGCGCAGUCGAAUCCGGACCGGGUGUCGGCCAACAAGGCCUUUCUGACGCUCCUCCACGCAACGCUCAAGGACGUCUGCGUGCCCCAGGAUGGCCUGAUGCAGUACGAGGCUGCACUGCGCAAGAGUGGCUGGAUACAUGCUAGUGACCCGAGACACCCACUCAUGCCUGGGCGGAUCCCGACGCCGGAAAACAUCUUUGCUACAGUGGCCUUUACCGAGGGCGAGCUGCGGCCGGAGUCGUACGAGGCAAACGACACCUACCGCAUCGUCACGGCCGAGGAGGGCUUCAUGCAGCUGCGCCCGCACUGGCACGACUUUGUGUGCAAGGCCUGCGAGGCCGUUAAUUGAGCAGAGCAGAGCCUUUGUUUGAGUCUGGGCCUGAGAUAAUGUGUACACCAAUGUCCAUUUGAAUUACGAU